AAAUUCUUUAUAAAAAUUUUAUAAUAAUUAUUAAUAAAAGAAUGGGAAAUCGAAAUUCUGCACAAAUUCGACAUUUUCGUAAAAAGAAACAAGAUAAUUGUACAAUAAAAAAUACAUAUAAAUUUAUCGAUGGACGUAAAUAUUUUAAAAAUAAAGAAUGGAUUUAUCCAUUACCAGUGGAUGAAGAGGAAUGUGAUCGAUCACAACUUCAACAUUUUUUAUUUCAUCAUAUUUGGGAAGAAAAUUUCAGUUCACCCGUUAAACAAAUUUUAGAGAAUGGUGGUAAAGUAUUAGAUGUAAGGUAAUUAAAUUCUCACUUUCUUCAAGUUCUCUUUUAAUGAUAAUGAAUUUGA